AUGCCCAAUCUCCACAAAUUUAAGCUCCUAGCCACACAAUGCGCCAUCGCCGGCAGUCCCGCCCGCAGUCCAACCACCAGUCCCGUUAUCCACCUCCGCCGCCGCAAAACCCUCCGCAUGUUCCUUACCCGCCCUAACGACCGUCGCCGUUUCCAUCCGCCUCCUCUAGAUCCCCCGGAAACUUCCUCUUCCUCCGACGAAGUCAAAGUUCGUCACAAACUCAAAGACCUAUUCGUCUCCUCUCCGUCUCCAUCUCCAUCUCCUCCACUCCAAGACAAGAACAAUAUCUGCCAACAGCAAAAUCAGCAGUUCGUUCAGAAAGAUGGUCUCCUCUAUGGCUCCACCGUCGGUGUCAGAUUCCGAACCGGAUCUCCUUUUCGUAGAUCUUCCGCAGUUGCAGCUCUCCGGCCGGUAUCGUCGGCGUUCCGAUAUAGGUUACUGAGAAGAGCUUGGCGACCGGUACUUUUCACCAUCCCUGAGUAA